AUGCCUCGUAUCCCUGUGCGAGUGGAACCCUACAGCUCGCCUACCAAACAACAUCGCCAUUAUAAAAGCAAGCGCGACCAGGUUCUUCGUGCACUCGGUAAGGCCGCAUAUAUCAAUGGCAGUCAGUUUGCCCUGCUCCUUGUAUCAGCACGAGGCGAUGUGGAAACGUACGCGAGUGAGGCUCUACAGAACCGGCUCGACCCAUGGUUUGUACAGAGCGGUAUUGCCCAAGAGGCCCGCGAGUUGGCACGAGGCACGCGCGCCAAAGAAGUCAAGUCAGGCACGCUAAUGGACCACGACGAUGUCCUACAGGAUGCCGCUGUUGACUUUUCUCACGAAUCGACACCGAGUAUGAAGAUGCCCGACGACCCCUUCAUCGAUACAUGGGGCUCAAUGGGUGCGGGUAAAGCGGACACUGACCAGGGCUGGUCGCAGCUGCUGAAGAAAGACACGGUCCCCGAGGACCCGGCGGCCGCCUAUGAACAUGCAUCUAUAUCAGGUAUCUGCAGCCCGGAGGUGUCGCAGGCGCCACGUAUGUCGACGCCAAUGCACCCGUCUACCAAACACACAUCUAUGCAGUCCCGGCACAUGGCCGCACAUGCGCCAUAUGCGAUUGAGCUGAAGGAUGAGGCCGCUCGUACGGCCUUUUUAGAGUUGCGGUUCAGUCAACUCCAGCAAGUUAUGUGCAAGAUGAUCGCCAAGGAAUGGAUCAAAGUCAUUGAGCCGAAAAAGCAGACCCGGUUUCCCUAUAACAAAGGAGAGGCAGGUCGUCCAGGGUGGUGGCCAGCGGGUGUGCGGCACAAGGAGCCGGACCAUCUGAUGAAGCCAGAACGCCAUGCUCUUUUACUCGCCAUCUUGCGAUCGACGCAGACGCGUGUCGCACGUUUGCAGCUGGCCACCGCCGAAGUGGUGGCGCUCAUUAAGGCAGGCAAAGUGUCCUACCUCAUGGAUAUUUAUCGUGUCGGAAAGGAGGAAGAACGGUUACGUGAUGAAGGGCUAGAUACUGAUACGCCUAUCUCCCUCGAAGUGUCGUGCCUGGAUGGCUGGGACACGAACACAAGUAUGCCCAGACCCUCUGCGGACCUGGGACUAUACGACAGGGAACCCAGGGACCUGCGUCGGGGGCUUGCACGCGUCGACGACGAAGAGCCUGCAGGUAUGAGCGUAUCGACCGCCUGGACGCCCACCGGAGCAGAUCGAUUCUCCCCGCGCACAUCCGCGACCGCAGAUCUACCGCCUACGGACCUUGCUAUCCAGACACACGACUUAAAUAUGAACAUGCGUAUGCAUGCCAUGGACGUGCCGCAUAGUUCGAUGGGCCACUCACCCUUUAGCCAAGCUGCUGAUCUCCCUGUCUUGUCCCCUGCGCCCAUGCGGCCUGAACUCACCCGGAGCCAGUCCAUCCACGCCACUAGUGCACUGGACUUCCCCAUGGUGGCCAGCCCGGUCACGCAGGAGACGCCGCUUCCGAUGGCUUACACCGGCAGUGGACAGGACAUGCAGCGUUCCGCCUCGCUCAGCGCCGCCUCUGUAUCUAUGCGACCGACACGGUCGACACCCGCUCACCUACCCAAUACCCCUGACCAUUGGCCACUGCGUCCAUCCCAACACGGUAUGCCGUCGAUCCAUGUGGAUGGUCAAAUGGCAGAGCCCUCUCUCUCCAUGGAGGGGCACCGCAUGCCUGUAAUGAUGCACCCAACGUUCCAAGGGUACCACCGCCCUACCACAUCGGCCACAUGGGGACUUCCUGAGACGCCGAUUCAGCGCCCCCAUUCGGCUGUUGCCAUGGGGCUGGGCAUCCACAUGUCGCCCGCGUCCGGCGACGUGCGUUUCUCGUCGUCCUUUGACUCGAGCUUCGCGUCCUCGCAUCAAGGACCCGUGACACCAGCUCAAAUGCCUACAUCGGUGGCCUUACCGCCCGGCCACGCAUACCCAGGUAUGGCAGCGCACGGCGGAUCGACGCCAUUCCAUGGCAAUGGGAUGGACCUAUCUGCGCUCCCUACUAAACAGAGAGCCCAUGAUGAACUUCCGUUUCAUCCGACUGAAUGGCAGACGCAUUAA